AGGAAUUGAGGAAACGAGCAAGGCAGUUGGAAGCCGACGUGGAUGGCAAACUGAUAGCAUAUAAUCGGAUGAGCAUUUCACAGGAUUCGCCUCUGGCUGCUGCUGCUGCUGCUGCUGACACGGAAAGGGAUGCCUUGUUGCAGAAUGGAGAUUCUGUCUCGGCUUCUUUGGCUGCCGAGCUUGAGUCCCUUCUCUUGCAGUUGUCUGAAACUAAUGAUGGGAUGGGACGAUGCGUAAGUGAUUGCCAGACUGGCGAAGGAGCUCGGAUGUCAAAUGUUCUACAACGUCACAGGGAACUCCUUCAUGAGUACGAAAAGGAGUUUCGAAAGAUCAAGGCUAAUAUCAAAGAACAACGUGAAAGAGACGAUCUUCUCCAUAGCGUUCGACAGGAUAUAGGCGAAUUUAGAACAGCUGCAAGCUCGCGGACAGAUUCGCUGGUGCGCGAACGGGGAGCAACACAGCACAGUUUAAGAACAGUCGACAAGAUUCUUAGCGGGGCAGCAACAACCUACGAUGCACUUCGGAGUCAGAGACAGUUCUACAACAACGUAGCCCUAAAGCUCUCCUCUUUCCGCUCCCGACUACCGACGAUCGACUCGUUGAUUGGUCGCAUACAGCGUCGAAAGAAGAUGGAGAGCAUUAUUCUUGCUGUGGUCAUCGCAUUCUGCGCGAUUAUUGUAAUCUACUUCUCUAUCCUUCGAUAGAGGCUUGCAAUGUCUUUGGAAAAAUUAGUCUAGGGGCUACAUGCAUCUUGUUCACACAGAGACUAGAAUAUACCUUAUUGGGGU